AUGCUCUGCCUCACCACCAUCGAAGACGGGGCUUAUUGGCAACAAAGGAGCAGGCGCUCCCCACAAAUCGUUAGCCAGUUCAUGGGGGCUGAGGUGGCUGCAAGGGUGCCCGGAUGUGAGCUCCGGCAUUAUGAGGCUGGCAUGUGGGCCAGCACUGUGAUCAAAGGAGGCAGUCAGAAGGAGGCACUUCGUCAAGGGUUCAGGAAACUCUUCCACUACAUGCAGGGGGAGAAUGAGACAGAGACUAAGAUUGAGAUGACAGUGCCAGUGACCUGCUUGGUACAGCCUGGCACCACUGAAUACAAGGUUUCCUUCUUUGUACCAACUAAACAUCAGAAUUCACCACCAGAGCCCACAGACCCGGAUGUGUUCCUUGAGCAGAGGAAAGGAGCAGCCAUUUUUGUCAGGUCAUUCGGAGGAUUUGCUUCUGUGGAAAAAUUCAGCAAAGAGGCAAAAGCCCUAGCAGAUACUUUGGAGAAAGAGGGGCAAUCCUUUCAUUCAGAUUUCUACUAUACUGCUGGCUAUAAUAGACCUUUUACACUCUUCAACAGACAUAAUGAAGUUUGGUACUUCAAGAAGGAAGAGGUAGAAGGGCUGUGGGUAAGAGAUUAA